ACUACACUGGACAAAAUGCUGGAUGAGCCUGACUUCAAAGCCUUGGUGGUGACAGAGGACUCAUCCGUGGUCUUAAAUCAGCUGCGUGUGGAUGAACAAGGAACAUAUCGCUGCUCUCUGCGGGGCCGAAAUGGAACCAUCUUCUACCGAGUCACUUUCCUGCUCACUGAACCUGCACCAGCUAAAAAGCCCCAAGAGCCAAAGGACUCAUCCUCACGUGCAGGACGUCCAAGGCGCAGCGGGGAGAUGCUGCUGAUACCGGUGACCCUUCUCUGCUGCUUCCUCGCAGCCAACGCCUGUCUGCAGUGUGCCCGCAGGGUCAGGCUCCUUCACGAAGACUUAAUACUGACUGCCUCCACUGUGGCCGACCAGAUUGAGAUUAAAAAGAUUUGCGAUGAGGUUUAUGUGAGGUACAGAGCGACCAGCCAGGAACGAAAGGGAAUCAUUGAUCCCACUACUCUGUACAGAGCCAGAACUGAGUACCAGAGUGAAUUUGAUCGCUUUCUGAAAACGGAGCGCACUGGACCUGCAACGUCUGAAGCCAUUCAGAUCUUGACGAAGGGAGAGCAGAUCUUAGAGAAACACUUGGACGCCUUCAUCCGUGAUGGUUUGUGCCCCAACAAGUGUGGCCUUCUGAAUCGAAGAGUAAUAGAUUGCCUCUCUUGCCGCUUCAAGACGUACAUCUGUGCCUCCCCCUCUGGCAGUCAGGAUUGCGGUGAGCACCCAGUGCAGGCUGAGGAAGGAGACCAGGCAGUGUUGAACUGUUUCCGUCCAUGGCACCGUCUUUUCUUGGGAAAACUAGAGUAUCACUACUCCUGGGCCCCAGGAGAGCCAGGAACUAAAAAGCUGGAUGAGCCUGACUUCAAAGCCUUGGUGGUGACAGAGGACUCAUCCGUGGUCUUAAAUCAGCUGCGUGUGGAUGAACAAGGAACAUACCGCUGCUCUCUGCGGGGCCGAAAUGGAACCAUCUUCUACCGAGUCACUUUCCUGCUCACUGUCACGCCUUUGCCUGACCAAGCUCAUCAUCCCUCUGUCACUCUGCCCUCCUUGCCUUCUCUGCCUCAUGGAGACAAACACUCACGUUCUCAACCGACCAAGCGCCUGCUGGUGCCAGUCAUCGCCGCGGUUACUGCUCUGAGUCUGGCAGCGAGCGUAGGCCUCACAUUCGUCCUGGGAAUGAUGAUCCGUGGUGGAGCCGCGAAGGAGGAGGAUGGAGGAAGAGAAGCGACACAAAGCACAGCGUUAUGAUGAUACAGUACUUUGAUGACACAGAAGUUUUACUCACUUCAGUUUGUACUUUUUGCCUCAUGGUUACUGUAAAUACAUUUACAAACAUGAAGUUCAUAGUCAUGGUUAGAAAAAAGAAGUGGGAAUACGUGGUGGCUACGUGAGGAAUAAAUUGGUUUCUAUUGUUUGUCUGUAAGGAUUGACAGUGUGCACCAGAUGAAGUAAGCAUUAAAAUGUCACUCUUAAAACA